AAGCAGCCACACAGCCACCGCAACAUGUUCAAGACUGCGUUCGUCGUGCUCGCCCUGGCGGCCGCUUGCCUGGCCAGCCCCGCCCCCAAGCCGGCCCCCGGCCUGCUGUCAGCCGGCUACGUGGCCGCCGCCCCCGUCGCCUACUCCGCCCCCGCUGUGGCCGCCGCCCCCGUCGCCUACACCGCCGCUGCGUACCCAGCCGCCUACGCCGCCGCUUACAGCGCCUACCCCGCUGCCAGGGCCGUCUACUACGGCUAGGUCUAAGAUGUGUCGCAACUUGUGUCAUGACAACAGAAGGAUAUUAAAUAUACUGCAUCACUGAA